UCCUGUACACUCCACAACCUUCGUCCCCUCUUUGCCUUCUUUCUCCCCAUUUCACAUCUCUCACUCUUAACGCCGAUGCUAUCAGUACCAGUGUUACUUUGUAGUAGCUCCACCGUAACUCCUCCUAAAACGACUUCGUCCUCACAACCCAUCUACAACUCUCUCUAAACCCUAGCCAGAAAGCGCCCCCCCCUCUCUCUCUCUCUCUAAAAGCGGCAAUGUCAGACAACAACAACAACAACAACAACAAAUUGAUUCGAUGGGAGUCUUUACCUUCUGAGAUUGCAACCGAUAUCUUCCUACGCUUACCUAUCAAAUCCAUAAUCAUCUGCACCUCUGUUUCAAAACCAUGGAAAUCCCACAUCCAAAACCCAACUUUCAUUUCCACCCAUCUCCACCAAUCCCACAACAAAAACAAAAACCUCCUCGUCUUCAGCCUCUACUCACACACUCACAAAGAAUCCUACGCUUUGCACAACGAAGACGAUCCCGAUUUCACCCAACUCGCCAGGUUUGAUUACCCUUUCCACGUUCCAUUCCUUCACUCCCCGAACGGCAUAUACCGUGUGGUCGGCACUUGCAAUGGCCUGUUCUGCCUUUCCGAUGAUAAGCUGACAUACUCUGACCGUUUAUGUCUUUGGAACCCAUGUGUUAGAAAGUUAGUUUACCUUCCUUUUCCCAAUGUCACCUACGCCACACACGGUGGCUUCGAUGCGACUAUUGGGUUUGGAUUUGAUCCCAAAACCAAUGACUAUAAAGUGGUGAGGCUUGUGACCUUACUAGAUAGUUUUGACCUUGAACAUUCUCGAACCGUGGCUGAGAUUUACUCACUCUCCACUGGUGAAUGGAGGAUGCUUGGUGCUAGUUUGGUUCCCAAAUGUGCUUUGAGUCCUCGUGCGCCACAGGCAUUUGUCAAUGGGGCUCUGCAUUGGGUUGCUUUUAGGAGGGCUGAUGAUGAAAACCUUCAACAUUUUGUUUUGGUGUUCGAUUUGGGCAACGAGGUCUUUCGCGAAAUACUUGUGCCAGAACUUCCAGAUUAUACGAGUGCAUUUGCGGGUUUGCUGUCAGUUUCUGUUUCCGCAUAUGGGAAUUCCAUUGCCUUGUUUCAAAAUGGCUAUUUUAGCUUGGCAAAGGGGUGUCAAACUGGUGAUUUCUACUUGUGGGUCAUGGAGGAGUAUGGUGUUGCGUCUUCGUGGACCAAAGUUUUGAAAAUUGGGGAGGGUUUACCAAGGCCUAUAGGUUUUAAAAGGAAUGGUGAGGAGGUUGUAUUGUUAUCAUAUGAUUGGCAACUCCUAUCGUGGGUUCCUUGGAGCACAGAGUUCAAGCAUCUUGAGAUUAUUGGAUAUGAGGAUACUUUUGUUGAUUACUAUGUUGAGAGUCUAGUUUUGCUCGACAAGGUCGCCAACGGUACAGUUACAUACUGAGGAAACUCGGAGAGGAUCUUAGGGACUUCUUGAUGAUAUAAGAAGAGAUUAUCUUUUGUCGGAUGUCUAGAAAAGAGGAGCUUCCCUUUGUACAAAUUUGAAAGAACAUUAAAUACAAACAAAUUUAUGAAAGAGAAGCAACAAGCAGUGCUUAUCAAGCAUAUAGUUUUAACUUUGCAAAUUCCUUACUUGCCCUUGAAUGACUUUGUUAUGUGAUCAAUGAACAUUUGAAGUUUGAACCU